GUCGUUACGUGAGAAUCCGCUCUUUCAAGUAUGGAGUAGCUUGUAAUUUUCGAUUUAUGAUUCGCGUCUGUUCGGAUAGUCGAAUUAUCACGGUAUGGCUGAUGUGGGCCUAAGUUUAGAUGAUAUAAUUAAAAAAUCGAAGUCGUCAGGAAUGAGAACCAAAGGUGGAGGUAUUAGAAGGAGAAUUAAUAGAGGUGCACGUACUAAUGGUUCUAUAAGGGGACAUGGCUCACAAGUAAUUACAGAUGCUCGAUUUAAAAUUAUACAAAAGAAUCGAGAAAAAUUAACAGAUGCAAGAGACAAAUUAGCAGAAAUCGCAAAGCAAAGUGAUGCUAGAUUAAAGUUAGAUAAAAUACGUGCAUCGCAAUUGAAAAAAGUAGAAACACAAUUGCCUGGAAUUUCUCGGAAGACAGGACGCAAUGGAAGAUUAUCAUUAUCAACUAAUAAAAUGCCUCCAAUGCUGCCACAUCCCAUGCCACCGAAUAUUCCGAACAAUUAUAUGCCACCACCAACAAGAGCAGUGGGUUACAGACCUCCUCCACUCGCAGAACCACAUUACAUUGGAGACAUCAGCAUGGAUUAUAAUGAUGACUAUUUAAUGGAAGCAGCACCUUUGAGAAGAACUGUGAACAAUGAAUAUGCUCCUACACCGCCUCCCCCGCCUCCUGUGUUCAGUAUUAAGCCUGCAUCUCCGUACACAUGGGUAAAGCCAGCAAGCAAUAACGUUUCAAGAAUCGUACCUUCUAGAAAGCCUGAAGUUGAUAGAGAACGUGAAAGAGUCAGAGACUAUAAAGUUAUUGCACGUUCUUCAAUGACAAAAGCUGUUUCUCCUACAUAUAAAGAUGACUGGAGUUUUGGGACAAAAUCACGUACUAUAUUAGCGGAAGAGCCAAUGGAGCCGAAGUAUUACGAUUCAAGAAGUCACAGAGAUAUGGGAGUAAAAUCAAGAUUAGAUUCAGUUCCAAGUAAAUCGCGCACUAUGGGUGUUUUAUCUCGACCCAAAACUACUACUAGUUCAUCACAAUCUACUGGUUAUAGAAUUGUAGUGUCAAAUUUACAAGCAAAUGUUACACAAGAAGAUAUUAAGGAAUUAUUCGAGGAUGUAGGAGAAUUAUUAGUAUCGAGAUUAGUACGACCAGGCACUGCAGAGGUAAUUUAUAAAACAUUAAAGGAUGCCACUAAAGCUGUUGAAACUUAUCACAAUAGACAGUUGGAUGGACAUCCCAUGAAGUGUCUUUUAGUGAAUCCACGACCAAAAAAUAAUCCAACAGGACCUGCUGUUAGAUCUAUUACAGAAUCCAGAAGGAGUGUUAGUUCAAGUUACGUACAACCAAGUUUAGGAGCAGUGCAUCGUGCAUUGUUCGAUGAUUCUUAAUCAAAUACAUGUUUGUCAGCAAAUGUCACAUAUAAUGGCAAUGAAUUUUAUCCCAAAUAUUUCUAAAGGGGAAUAAAUGCGGGAAAUAGGGAGCUGGAAUCAAUUGUAUAAGAAAAAUCUUACUUGUAGAAAAUGGAAAUGUUCUAAGUGGAAUUUUAAAAUAACAAAACAUCACUUACUUUAUCUUUAAUUUGUAUAAAAUAUAGUAUGCUUCGGCAGUUGAAGGAGAAUGAAUACGAUAGCGAAUGAAUUUAAAUUGUAAACAACAAUCACAAGAUGCUUCUUGUACCUUUAAUAUACUUCAAUAAAACAACAAGCAUUUAGGAAUUUUUAAUACAUUGUUU